AUGCGGCACAGCCGGCGCACCACCCUCACCACGGCGGACAUCGCGGCCGCCCUCAGCCUGCGGAACGUCGAGCCGCUGUUUGGGCUGGCAGCGGCGGACAGCGUGCGGUUCCGGCGGGCAGUGGGGCACAGCGACGUCGUCUUCCUGCACGACCCCACGCUGCCGCUCUCCCAGGUCGCCCGUUCACUCUCCCAGGUGGUGGAGGCGGGGCUGCCGUGCGCCCCGGUGGACGUGAGUGUGGCGCCGCACUGGCUGGCCGUGGACGGCACCAUGCCCGCCACCCCUGAGAACGCCCCGCCCGCAGGCAAGGCGAGGCCAGACAAGGCAUGGCCAGGCAAGGCAUGGCCAGGCAAGGCAUGGCCAGGCAAGGCGAGGCCAGGCAAGGCAUGGCCAGGCAAGGCGAGGCCAGGCAAGGCGAGGCCAGGCAAGGCAUGGCCAGGCAAGGCGAGGCGAGGGUGCCAUGUGGUCCGUGCAAGCAUGCACAUCCCCUUUGAAGGCCCGUGCGUCCCAUCCCAUGCCAUGCACGGCUCCCUCGCCAGCACUGUGCCUCGCCAGCACUGUGCCUCAGCUGCCGUGUGCGCAGCACUGUGCCUCAGCUGCCUUGUGCGCAGCACUCCGCUGCCUGCCCGUAACUGCCACCCACCCACCCUCACAUGCUUCGUCCCCCCUCCCUUAGUGGGAAUAUAA